GGGUUACUGCUGCGCGUGUGAUGCCUAGCGCAUGCGUGCUAUAACCGGAAGCAAACUGCGUCUCUGGAGCGCUUUGUGCUUCCCGAUACCUGACUGCGGCUGCGCGGAGAUCCAGCUGAUUGCGGCCACUUUAAUUAAACGGUUAAAAUGGCAGAUCACUGGCAAGAAUGUAUGGACUUUGGAGUCCAAGUAGCAAGACAAGCCGGAGCAGUGGUAUGUGCGGCAUUGAAAGAGGACAUUUCUGUGAUGUUGAAGAGCUCCCCGGCUGAUCUGGUGACCGCUACAGACCAGAAAGUUGAAGAGAUGAUUAUCUCUUCAAUCAAGGAGAAAUAUCCAUCACACAGUUUUAUUGGGGAGGAAUCAGUAGCUGCAGGUCAGGGCAGUACCUUGACAGAUAACCCAACGUGGAUUAUUGAUCCCAUUGAUGGCACGACUAAUUUUGUUCACAGGUUUCCCUUUGUGGCUGUGUCAAUUGGUUUUGCAGUCAAUAAGCAGGUUGAAUUUGGAGUUGUAUACAGCUGUGUAGAAGAAAAGAUGUACACUGGCAGAAAGGGAAGAGGGGCGCAUUGUAACGGUCAGAAGCUGCAAGUCUCGGGGCAGAAAGAUAUCACAAAGUCCAUGAUUGUCACAGAACUGGGAUCAGAUCGUAACCCUGAAGUUAUUAAAUCUAUUCUUUCUAACAUGGAGAGGCUGCUCUGUAUUCCAAUCCAUGGGAUCAGGGCAGUGGGCACAGCUGCUGUAAACAUGUGCCUGGUGGCUACAGGAGGGGCUGAUGCUUAUUACGAGAUGGGAAUCCAUUGCUGGGAUAUGGCAGCUGCAUCGGUCAUCGUCACAGAAGCUGGAGGGGUUGUCCUGGAUGCCACAGGAGGACCAUUUGACCUGAUGUCCCGUAGGGUCAUUGCAGCGAGCACUAAGGAAAUUGGAGAACGCAUCUCCAAAGAACUUCAACUCAUACCAUUGGUGCGGGAUGAUGACAAGAAGGAGUAAACAGAUGUGUUUGUUUUAGGUGCACUUGUGUUCAUUGACUUUGCACUUUAUUUAAAAAUAGGCUAUUUUGAUUUAA